CGCGCGGCUCCCCUCCCUCUCCCUCUCUCUGCGCAAGCGCUCUUCCCGAACCCUCUCCACUUCUUCCUCCCUCCCUCUCCUGCCGUACCCACCGCCACCUUCUCCUCCUACUCUCCCUCGCCUGCUUUUCCUCACUCAAAGUUUUCUACUUGCGUCCUCAUCUUCCUCACCUUCCGUGCAGAUCUGAAAAGCUCCUCCUUUUUCGCCAGCUUCCUCCUCCUCCACCCUCCGGCCGAUUCCUCCGCUCCCAUCCACCUCCGGAGGAGGCCGUAGGGUUUUGGAGAGCUCCGUUUGUUUUUAGUUCGUUUCUCUUGCGACUUGCAGUGUUUCCUCCAGAGGUCGCCAUGCCUACCGUUAGCGUUGGAAGGGAUCGUCUUUUCGAAGCACUGGGAAGAGAAUACACACAAGAGGAGUUCGAAGAUCUGUGCUUUCAGUUCGGAAUUGAGCUGGAUGAUGUGACAACAGAAAAAGCAAUUAUGAGAAAAGAAAAGCACUUGGAAGAAGAAGCAAGUGAAGAUGAAGAAAUCAUUUACAGAAUCGAAGUCCCUGCAAAUAGAUAUGAUUUGCUUUGCCUUGAGGGUCUUGCUCAAGCUCUCCGAAUUUUUACUGGGGUUCAAAAGAUACCUGUGUAUAUGGUGACCAAGGUUAGCAAGGAAUCAAUGAUCAAAAUGCACAUAAAACCAGAGACGUCUUUGAUUCGCCCAUUUAUAGUUUGUGCUGUUUUAAGAGGUAUAACAUUUGAUGGAGCAAGCUAUAACAGUUUUAUCGAUCUUCAAGAUAGGCUUCAUCAAAACAUUUGCCGGCGAAGAACUCUAGUUGCUAUUGGGACUCAUGACUUGGAUACAUUACAAGGCCCUUUCACUUAUGAGGCAUUGCCACCUUCAGAGAUCAAUUUCGUGCCCCUGAAACAGGCAAAAAGCUUCAGAGCGGAUGAACUGAUGGAGUUUUACAAAUCGGAUUUCAAACUGAAGAAGUUCUUGCACAUAAUUGAGAACUCUCCUGUGUUUCCUGUUUUAUUUGACCAAAAUAGAACUGUUUUAUCUUUGCCUCCUAUUAUUAAUGGGGCACAUUCAGCAAUCACUCUAAAUACAAAGAAUGUGUUCAUUGAAUGCACAGCCACUGAUUUGACAAAGGCCAAGAUUGUUUUGAAUACAAUGGUGACUACAUUUUCAGUUUACUGCAAAAAUAAAUUUGAAAUUGAACCUGUUGAAGUGGUACGCCCUGAUGGAACAUCAUGUGUUUAUCCUGAUCUGUCAGUGUACAAUACGGAAGUUCCUAUAUCCUAUAUUACUGAUUCAAUCGGAAUUUCUUUGGAGGCAAAAGAGGUGAUUAACUUGUUAAAUAAAAUGCAAUUGCAUGCCAAACUGUCUGAGUCAGGAGAUAAGAAGGGCAAUUUCGUUGUGUCUGUACCUCCAACCAGAAGUGACGUCCUUCAUCCAUGUGAUGUUAUGGAGGAUGUUGCAAUCGCUUAUGGGUACAAUAGCAUUCCAAAGAGAAAGCCUGCAUCUCUAAGGCCACUGCCUUUGAACCAACUCAGUGAUCUUAUCAGAUUUGAGAUUGCUAUGAAUGGAUUUACAGAGGUGUUGACCUGGAUUUUGUGCUCUCACAAAGAAAAUUUUUCCAUGUUGAACCGUAAAGAUGACAAUUCAACAGCAGUCAUAAUUGGAAACCCUCGCUCCUCGGAUUUUGAGGUUGUCCGAACCAGUCUUAUUCCGGGUAUAUUGAAGACUGUUGGGCACAACAAAGACCAUCCCAAGCCCAUCAAGAUAUUUGAAGUGGGUGAUAUAUCAAUAUUAGAUGAGACAAAAGAUGUGGGUGCAACAAAUCGUCGCCAACUUGCAGCACUUUAUUGUGGUUCUCAGUCAGGGUUUGAGCUGAUUCAUUGCCUAGUGGACAGAAUAAUGGAAGUUAUUGGGACUCCUUUUGUUACAUCUGGAGACAGUACAGGCUAUUAUAUAAAACAUUCAAAUGAGCCUGAGUUUCUCCUGGGUAGACAAGCCAACAUCAUUCACAAGGGGAAGCAGAUAGGCACUUUUGGCAUUGUUCAUCCAGAGGUCUUGAACAAUUUUGACAUCCCUGAUCCGUGUUCCUAUUUGGAGCUCAACAUUGAGAGCUUUUUGUAGUCCAUGUAAGGGUCUGUCUUGUUCAUUCUUGUUUAAUUCUUCAUUUUAACUGCCAUCUUUUCCUAGAUAUUGUGAUACCUGGUGUUUCAAUGAACAUGCCUUGGAGAUGCAGACGCACAGGCACAUGCUUUUUGGUUACAAGUGCCAUGCAUACAAAAGAAGGGAAAACCAUAGUGUUGACAUGUAUGGGAACAGCAACUUAAGAGACGUAGCUGAUUGUCGUGGCUGAUCUUCAAUUUGGGCUGUUUGCCUCGUGUCAUUUAGCUUUUCUUCUGGUGACGGAUGAACCAGGUUUCUAGCUUCUCAGCUAUGGAGAAAUAUUGUUCACCUAUUUAAGUAAAUGCCGAGUUCUUUACAGGUUCAUUGUUGAACUACAUUUGAGGGGCAAUGGGCAUCAUUUUCUGAGCCGCUGAUUCCAGCCUUGUCUAUUGAAUUGGCGACUCAUCUGUCUGAUUGAAUUGAUUGGGUAUAAGUUACAUGAUUGAUCAGAAAAAAGAUUUAUCUUCCCUGUA